AAUAUUGGACUAUACGUUGUUCCUGUAUUAUACUUAUACAUUUUGUUCUAUUCUACUGUGCCAUUUACUUAGUAUGAUCUUGUAUUUCUUGUGGCAAAGUACCUCGUUUACUGGCUACUUGAGCCAUCUCCAUUGUAGCUAGUUUGUUCCUAAGAAAAAAAAAACGUUGCUGACAGUUGAGUACAGCUGCAACGUCAGAGAACAGACAGAAAAAAACAAGAGGGAAGAUGAGUCAAAGCGAGCAGCAACAGCAGGAUGAAAUCCCAGCAUACCUCAAAGAUGAGCAUCCAGCAGACGGUAACAAGGAUCACCCCGCGCCCCAGCCAGGCAUGUUCUCCAGAGUGACUGGAGGACUCUUCAGUGUCACUAAAGGUGCUGUGGGAGCCACUGUGGGUGGGGUGGCCUGGAUAGGAGGGAAGAGCUUCGACCUGACCAAGACCGCUGUCACCUCAGUGGCCGCUGUACCUGGCAUUGGGGUGGGGCUGGUGAAAGGAGGGGUGUGUGCUGUAGCUGGAUGCGUGUCUGCAGUAGGCUCAGCGGUGGCCAAUAAAGUUCCUAUUGGAGGAGGCAAGAAGAAGGACAAGUCUGACUGAGGAGGGGACGGACGGCGAUGCCGUUUUGGGUCUCAUGUCUGUUUCGUCUACAGUGUGAAGGGGCCUGGAGGGCUACAGAGGAUUCAAAGUUGUGUGUGUGUUCUCUUUUUGUGGAGGCCUACACUCUGAUCCGCAAGUGUCUAUGGACCACUCUCAUUAUGUGGCGGCCUGGUCACAGAGGGGGAGACUAAUUAAGUGGUUUCCUGGUCAGUAGUGCAGGGGCCACCGCACCCGUCUUUGUCUGCAAUAAUAACCAGUGACUCAAACUGUUGGAAUAUGAAAUGACUGACUGUGAAUGUUGUAUUUACUCUGUAGAUAAAAACCAGCCAAGAAAAUAUUAGGCCUAUUUUAUUGCUUAGUAUUUGUUCCAUCUCCUGGUCGCUGUUUAAAAAACAGGCCAAGAACAUUUUCACAAUGUUUAAGGCGGUGUUCAUGUUCACUGCUGUGUUUGGCAGUCAGACAAUCAGUGAUCGAUGCCUAGUCCAGCACCUCUAACAGUAAAUAAAAAGGAUCUCAUGGGGGGGGGUUUGGUGCUGGGACUGCACAGGGGGUUACUACCUUGACCCCCGAGCAGAGGUGUGGUUCAGAUCGAAGAAGCCAGCACCGGGCUGCUCCAACCACCGAGGCAGCGCCUUGUUUUGAAAAGCAUUGGUAACGGUGGGGAGUUGAUGGCUGCACUCCAUCUCUCUGAUUGAUUCUAUUUCUGAGAUUACGGACUCUAUGCGUCUGGGGCCCAGCCGCUCAGCCUUGGUGCUCUUUCCCACAACAACACUCAUCACUCUCCCACCCCUCCCCAAUAAUUACCGCGGCACGCUGGGGUUUCAACGCUACCUGCAAGGGCUAUGGUAGACUGAACACUGCUAGGGAAGUCGAUGUUCCUGACUAGAUGUUUAUGCUGGUGGAUAUUGUUUUCUUUUGUUUUUUCUUCUUCCCCUGUAAAGUAUACAAUUUAUAUCUCAAACUCCCCAUUCCUGAUGUGAGGGGGAUUUUUUUCUUUUUUCGUAGGGAUAUUAUUUCUCCAAUGACAAAGUAGUUUUAGGAUCCGUUUCCCCUUUGAUGGUAUGGACUCUUCAUUUUUUUCACUGAUGGUGCGUUGAAUCACAGAGCUCUGUCACUGCUGUUCCUUCCUCUCUCGCUAUAUUUUGAUCUUUCACUUUACAGCAAGGUGCCUUAUUCCCACAAGAAAGCCUGAACUAAAGUAACUUAUUCAUAUUUUUAACCUACCACUAAUAUAUCUAUCAUCUUAUUCCGUAGUCCACAUCUUGUUCUACUGCCAAAAAACAAACUAGCCUACUUUAGCAUGAACCAUUUCUGAAUACAUUUAAGGAGUUGUCUUUUUCUAUUGUUUGUAUUAGAAAUAAAAUGUAUUCAUAUUAUUAAUAUACAGUUCCAGUCAAGUUUGGACACCCUUUGCCUUGAUGACAGCUUUGUACACUCGUGGCAUUCUCUCAACCAGCUUCAUGAGGUAUGAAUGCAUUUUAAUUAACAGAUGUGCCUUGUUAAAAGUACAUUUUGGGAAUUUCUAGGUUUGAGCCAAUCAGUUGUGUUGUGACAAGGUAGGGGUGGUAUACAGAAGAUACCCCUUUUUGGUAAAACACCAAGUCCAUAUUAUGGCAAGAACCACUCAAUUAAGCAAAGAGAAAUGACAGUACAUCAUUAGUUUAAGACAUGAAGGUCAGUCAAUAUGGAACAUUUCAAGUGUCUUCAAGUGCAGUCGCAAAAACCAUCAAGCACUAUGAUGAAACUGGCUCUCAUGAGGACCGCCACAGGAAAAGACCCAGAGUUACCUCUGCUGCAGAGGAUAAGUUCAUUAGAGUUACCAGCCUCAGAAAUUGCAUCCCAAAUAAAUGCAAAUAAGUACAAGACACAUCUCAACAUCAACUGUUCAGAGGAGACUGCGUGAAUCAUGCCUUCAUGGUCGAAUUGCUGCAAAGAAACCACUACUAAAGGACACCAAUAAUAAGAAUAGACUUGCUUGGGCCAAGAAACACUAGCAAUGGAUAUUAGACCGGUGGAAAUCUGUCCUUUAGUCUGAUUUUUAGCCAUGUCUUUGAGAGAUGCAGAGAAGGUGAACGGAUGAUCUCGGCAUGUGGUUCCCACCGUGAAGCAUGGAGGAGGAGGUGUGAUAGUGUGGGCUGCUUUGCUGGUGACACUGAUUUAUUUAGAGUUCAAGGCAAGCUUAACCAGCAUGGCUACCACAGCAUUCUGCAGCGAUACGCCAUCCCAGCUUGUUUGCGCUUAGUGGGAGUAUCAUUUGUCUUUCAACAGGAUAAUGACCCAACAAAUCUCCAGGCUGUGUAAGGGAUAUUUGACCAAGAAGGAGCAUAAUGGAGUGCUACAUCAGAUGACCUGGCCUCCACAAUCACUCGACCUCAACCCAAUUGAGGUGGUUUGGGAUGAGUUGGACCGCAGAGUGAAGGAAAAGCAGCCAGCAAGUACUCAGCAUAUGUGGGAACUCCUGCCCUGGGGCGGCAGGGUAGCAUAGUGGUUAGAGCGUUGGACUAGUAACCGGAAGGUUGCGAGUUCAAAUCCCCGAGCUGACAAGGUACAAAUCUGUUGUUCUGCCCCUGAACCGGCAGUUAACCCACUGUUCCUAGGCCGUCAUUGUAAAUAAGAAUUUGUUCUUAACUGACUUGCCUGGUUAAAUAAAGGUUAAAAAAAAACAGCUGCAAAAGCAUUUCAGGUGAAGCUGGUUGAGAGAAUGCCAAGAGUGUGCAAAGCUGUCAUCAAGGGAAAGGGUGGCUACUUUGAAGAAUCUAAAAUCUAUUAAGAUUUGUUUAACACUUUUUUUGGUUACUACAUGAUUCCAUAUGUGUUAUUUCAUAGUUUUGAUGUCCUCACAAUUUUUCUACAAUGUAGAAAAUAAUACAAAUAAAGAAAAACCCUUGAAUGAGUAGGUGUGUCCAAACUUUUGACUGGUACUGUAGUUCUCUACCAAAGUAUUUGACUAUUAAUCAGCGGAGUCUUAAAAUUGGGUGUGUAACAUCACAUGGAUAUUUCUUGUGUUAAUGUUUUGUCUAUAAUUUAAUGGAAAAAUGAAUGAGCCUCAGAGCAGUUGUUUUGCCCGUUUGUCAUUAAGGUUUGACUGUGUGAAUAGGAACUAGGAUAAUCAGUUGUUUCCUAUUUGUUUGGCUUGUCAACACUGCAGAGAUUAAUUUCUGUAGCCCCCUCCCCUAGCUCCUACCUCUGUUUUCUAAUCUAAAAUGUCUGUAUAGUCAAUAUAAUAGUAGAGACACCUAGCCUGUAAAAUUGGCUGCCUAAUCCCAAAUCUGACCCGUAGGCACUUUGUGUAGAUGUGAGAGGAUUGGAUUACGCAAUAUGUUAAUAGUGCCACGUUUCCCUCUGUUAUUGCUCUCCAAUCCUUUCAGGUCUACACACAUGCAUAGGGGGUUGAGCCUAGGGGCCUCCACCAUGUCCCUUUUACUUACUCUGUAUCUAGUCUUCUGUGAACACCGAAUGGGUAAGGGCUAAGUGAAGGGUUUUAGAGUCCGAAAUGGAACUGGUUCCAUGACGAUAAAAAUGACAGUUAUAUUUUCAAAGCCAAACUGGUGGACGUUUCAUCUUGAGAUAUUUCAGCAACAGAGCAGUAAAUGAGUCCAUUUGAGUACAGUUCCAGAGUCCAGUUGUAAUAUCGGUAUACUGUCUGAUAGUCUACUCUCAGGAUGAGGCAACCUCAGGCUGUCACACUGGAAUGACUGAUUCCUCACCACGCUACAUAGACAUAGGCAAACAGUUGUGGUAAUACAGACCUUUCACACUUUUCCAAAGCAGUUGUACUACUGAGUAUACAGUAGGAAGACCUUCAUAAUAUUGAGUUGAGCCCAGAACAGACUAAAUUUGUCGGGGCGUGGACUCUACAAGUUGUCAAGUGUUCCACAGGGAUGCUGGCCCAUGUUGUCGCUAAUGCUUCCCACAGUUGUGUCAAGUUGGCUGGAUGUCCUUUGGGUGGUAGACCAUUCUUGAUACACACAGGAAAUUGUUGGCUGUGAAAAACCCAGCAGCGUUGCAGUUCUUGACACAAACCGGUGCGCCUGGCACCUACUACCAUACCCCGUUCAAAGGUAUUUAAAUCUUCUGUCUUGCCCAUUCACCCUCUGAAUGGCACACAUACACUAUCCAUGUCUCAAUUGUCUCUAGGCUUAAAAAUCGUUCUUUAACCUGUCUCUUCCCCUUCACCUACAACAAUUUGAAGUGGAUUUAACAAGUGACAUCAAUAUGGGAUCAUAAUUUUCACCUGGUCAGUCUGUCAUGGAAAGAGCAGGUGUAUUUUAUGUUUUUUUUAUACUCUGUAUAUACUGUAUGGCACUCACAUAAAAACAAAUUACUUGUAGAGAAUGAAUUGCCAAAUGUUGUAUGAUAUGACUUAAGGUUGAGCAGUUUUUUUUAACGGACGAAGCAUGUAUUUCAGUAGGAAAGUACAACCGUGAAAUGGUACUAGAUUUUCUAUAGAAUCUGCAUGUCCAUGACUCUCGUCAUGAACUGUGUUAGUGCUUUUGUCUUAGAAAUGUGUCUGUUUCUCACUUAUUAUGAGGAAGAGGUGGUGAGAAAUCUAAAAUGGAUCUCCCCUGCCAUCUAGACAGUCUAGAAUUCACACACUGUCAAUGUGUAACUGGGAAGCCCAGUUCUUCUUCCCUGUUCCACUGUCUAUCAGUGCCUGGAGGGAAUUGACGUGCGGCAGCUUCACACAGGGACUGUAACCUUGAGCCCCCUGUGCAUUAGUCGUAUGAGUUGGUGGCGAUACCGUAGCUUUCACACUCGGGGGAUGAAGGAGAUGAAAUGCCCCAGCCUUUUCCUCAGCUGCUAACAAGGUUGUGAUUCAACCUUUUCGAGGAAUCAAUAAUGAGACCCAUUGGUGCGAAGUCCAGGAGCUAGAGAUUUUACCCUUCAUAGACCCAAUUUAAGUGGUGGCUGCUGAGAGCGAGGCUAAGGUGACUGUUCCAAGAGUGAAGAAGAAAUAAAUCACUUAUACCUUUUUAUAUCACUGCUCACUGUUCCGCUUAACACGGUCAUAAUGCCUCUUGACCAUCAUAGAAACAGAAUCUAAGUAGACUUAUGUGGGUCAUUGUAACUAGCGGUUGAUUAAUUAUGUGUGAUUAAAAUAUGCUUUAAAUCUGA